AUGUCUACUGCUCAUUUACGAAUACCUUAUGGACAACCAGCUCACGGCCAAACGGCUGGGACCUUCCCUAGCAUGUUCCUCGGCGCGUACAACUCCACGUUUAGCCAGAAUGUGAAGCCACAUCUGUACGGUAACUCGCCAGCAGUCCUCACGCCCCUGUAUGAGAAGAUCUACCACCGAGGCGCUUCCACGAUUGCGCCCAUCGCAGCUAUCGCUAUAGCAUCGAAUGCUUACCUUGCAUACCAAAGCCGAGAUGAGAAGAAGCGACGGAUGUAUGGGACGGCCGCAGUGCUCGUGUUUACGACGCUUUCACUCACCGCGUUCGCGAUGGAAGGUGGUAUUGACCGGCUCAUUACUAUCAGUACAGAUCAUGAUCUGCAGAGCAAAGCUGGUAUCGAUAUCGAGGUCGUAAGGUUGUUGAAGACUUGGGCGGCUCAGAACUACUUCCAAGCUUCGUUGCAUCUGACGGGAGGACUGUUGGGCCUGUACACUACACUGAGCUAA